CUGGUCAGAACCGGGAUUCAAUAAAACAUCCGGUCCGAAUAAGAGAUAUGCGGAUUUAAGAACAAGAAGUCCAAUAUGCCGUAACUAAGAACGAUCUGUUCCACGACAGAGGAUAUAUAAAAGCCAGUCGCCACGCAAUAUACGUAAGAAAUGUCUAGACCAAUAUUGGUUCCCAUAGCUGCGCCCUUCCCUUCCAGUAGCACAACUUACAAGAGAGCCCCUUUCUCGAUUUUCCAUCAAAUACCAUAACUCGACAUAACUCGACAGUUUACAUCAUGGGCCCAGGAAAAGCAGCGCCCACUCGUGUCGGCGGCAAGGCCGUAGGCCCUGUUGGAUUCGGCAUGCUGGGGUUAACGAAGCCAUGGGCCCCUGUCGAGUAUCCCAUUGCCGUGAAAGUCUUGAAGACUGCAUUAGAGCAAGGUGCGAAUCUUUGGAACGGCGGCAUGCACUACGGAACUCCCGAGGCAAAUUCUCUACAUCUAGUCAAGUACUACUUCGAACAGUAUCCCGAGGACGCUAGCAAGGUCGUCCUCAGUGUCAAAGGUGCAUUUGGGACGAAAACCGGGCCAGACGGCAGCCCGGAAGGUAUCCGCGCUUCUGUUGAGGAGGCCCUCAAAGUGCUAGCUGGUACCAAAACCAUCGAUGUUUUUGAGUGCGCGCGGGUCGACCCUAAUGUUUCCGUCGAGACCUCGAUCAAAGCAUUGGGUGAGCUGGUAAAGGAGGGUAAGAUUGGCAGUAUCGGCCUCAGCGAAGUUGGCGCGAACACAAUCCGCAAAGCUCACGCAGUGCAUCCUAUCUCGGCCGUCGAGAUCGAGUUGAGCUUAUUCACGCCCGAUCCCCUUCACAACGGUGUUGCGGAUACUUGCCACGAACUCGGCAUCCCCAUCGUAGCAUAUAGCCCUAUCAGCCGCGGGUGGUUAACCGGCGAGCUGCGCAAGCUGGACGAUCUCCCGCAGAACGACUUCCGCCGCAUGCUCCCGCGCUUCCAGCCCGAGGUCUUCGACCAGAACUUCAAGCUCGUCGAGGCAGUGGAACAGAUUGCCAAGCGCAAAUGUGUUACGACGGCACAGGUGGCUAUCGGGUGGGUGAUUCGUCAGGGCGCUAUUCCUAUCCCCGGUUCUGCUCGGGUCGAGCGCGUCAUUGAAAACACGAAGGCCGCCGAGCUGACGGAUAGGGAGUUGGCUGAGAUUCAGAGGAUUCUUGAUACCUUGCCUAUCAGUGGGGAGCGCUACGGGGGUGGGCAAGAGAAGUUUCUUAACGCGUAGUGGGUAGGAGAGUCUACUAGGUUAGGUUGCUUCCUUGACGGAUGAUGAAUGAGAUUUAGUAUGCUUCUAAGGGAGGAGGGUAUAUGCCUCAAUCUCUUUAAAUUACUCGAGUACCUGAGCGUAGCUGGAGGAUUGUUGAUAUAACAAACGCCAAAUAACCCAAAUACAUUGCUCUCAACCGCUAAUGAAUACUUUCGCCUUUUAACUCAAUACGAGGCAAGUUAUCCUGUAGAACGUCCUACCUCUGCAAGACAAGAUAAUAAAUAAGCCGGUAAUUGGCCAAAUCUCGAGAGCCUAAUGCGUGCUGAUAUACUUGACAUGUCAUGUAUAUUUGAGGCGCUACCAGGUGAGACAAUCUGACCUCGAUUAUUCCUGUUAGGUUUUUCCGAGACGCCUGUAGCUCUGGAUGUAUUGAAUCAUGUUGACGUGUGGGCAACGAGGAUUUCUUCG